AUGUGUUCGAUGGCGCCUGAUCAGAAUGCCCUGGAUUUUGUCAAUCGCGAUCGACUGCGGACCACAUUUGCCAGCGCCAUGUCUUCCAUGUAUCGAGCCGAGGUGCCACUGUAUGGGGAUCUGAUCAAUAUCGUGCGCGACAUUAAUGAGAAGACCUCCCAGUCUUCCUUUCAAAAUGAUCAAGAAAAGGAUGACUCUGCAAUCGUCACUAGCUCCGAGAGGCUGACCCUAGAGCGACACGGCGCCAUCCGCCUGGGGACCCCAUACGAGCUACAGACAAUAAGAAGGAUUCUUGCCCUCUUGGGACUUGAGCCGGUGGGAUACUAUGAUCUUUCUAUUGCCGGCCUGCCCAUGCAUGCGACGUGCUUUCGCCCCAUUUCCGUCCCGAGUCUCGACCUCAAUCCCUUCCGGGUAUUCACCACCCUGCUACGACCGGAGUUGCUUGCUUCGGCGGAGUCACGUAGGCUUGCUUUGGAGCUGCUCGAUAAGAGAGAAAUCUUCAGCGAUGCUCUUCUCGGAAUCUUGACAACUGCAGAAGCACAAUGCGGGAGGCUAACCGAAAUCCAAGCCAAGAUCUUCAUUCCCGAGGCUCUGGCCACGUUCAGUUGGAAGCCUCUCGCCGCGGCAACUUUCGAUCAAUACCAAAUCUUGAAAACUGAGCAUCCUAUUCUCGCGGACAUUGCGUGCUUCCAGAGCGCGCACAUCAACCACCUCACGCCACGGGCCCUGGACAUAUCCGCCGUUCAGUCUGCAAUGAAAGCAUCUGGCAUGGCUGUGAAAGCACAUAUUGAGGGUCCCCCACCUCGAAAUUGCCCUAUCUUGUUACGCCAAACGAGCUUUCUUGCUCUCGAAGAGGCAGUUCAAUUUAAGCAAAAUGAUUCGGAUCAUGGUAGGGACGUGGGGGCUUCGCAGCCCCAGGAGCCAUUGAUCAUGUCCAAUCACAAAGCACGGUUCGGCGAGAUUGAACAACGAGGGGCCGCAGUCACACCCAAGGGACGACUCCUCUAUGACCAGCUACUGCACGAAUGCAAAAGGAGAGCCACUGGUGUCGAUGCCGAUGAGGUUGAUGCCAUCGCAUUGAAAGUUUUCCAGCAAUACCCCGACAGUUGGACUGAGCUCCGAAAACAGGGGCUGAUCUACUGUCAUUUCAAUUGUGACCAGACAAGCUUCCAGGAAUCGACUCUAGAUCCCAAUGAUGGCUCUCUUCUUGAACAGCUGAUUGCCAAGGGUGCUGUGAAGGCUUUCCCCAUAACUUAUGAGGACUUCCUCCCCUUUUCCGCUGCGGGAAUCUUCCAGUCCAACUUGCAGUUGGGUAACCAGCCCAACGAGUCACUAGGGCUAACACACUCGUCGUCAGAUCAAAAUGGCUUUGAGGAAGCACUUGGUGGGAAAGUGUUUGAUCUUGAUAGGUGGUAUUCCAAUGUGCAGCAACAAAGCCUGGAGAGAGUGGGCAAUCGGUUGGGACUUGCCUUUGAGGCGCUCAUGUAA